UAGACCCCCUCAACUAUUAGGGUGGGUGUGACUUUAUUGUUUGAGUUCAAAGGUGUCUGUGUUGAAGAAGGGAUUAUGGGAUUUACCUCUUUCUACCUUUAGACUUCUUAUAGUGUUUAGGUAUGUGUUCAGGCCCAGUUUCUACAAAUGGGACGAUUGUGAAACGCAAGCUCCCUUUUAACAAACAUGUAGCUGCUGAGCCCAUGAACAAUACUAUAACAAAAUUUAACUUAGUUAACUCAUUGAAAUGCAACUAUGAUUUCUUACAUAAUAUAGUAUAUUCAGAAUAUUCACUGACUAACUUUCUAAGUCAAUAUAUAAUUGAUAAUAAUUAUGACGUCUGGAAACGUAGACAGUGGUGUUUUAAUGUCCAACAUUUUUAUAGUUAUGGAUUUUUUUUUAUUGAAUAGGACUGUUCUUAUUUACAGCUCAGUUACAACAGUGUACGGGCCAGUCUCAUACUAAUUAGGCCCGGCUUUCAUCGAUGGCCGAGUACUUCUGACCAAACAAAAGUAAUGCUGAUGAGACUGUUGUGUUAAAUGAGUCCACAUACAAUUAGCAUCUCAUUAUACACAGAGAAAAGUGCAUGCAUUCUACGAAAAGACGGAUCCACUCCCUGUCCCAAACUCGCCAGCGUUGGCUUAUCCCACCCUGGACCCUUCUGCCCCUCCCCUGACACAGCCGCAUUAAAGCCGAAUCCCAAAUUGCCAUCUAUCCAGAAGAGCGCACGGCGCAGCGGCAUUCAUUUUACCGCAGGGUGAAGUGGUGAUACUCAGAGCCGACUAUUAGACUCCUCCACACGAAGAAACGCUAAAUAAAACCCACCACAUCUUCGAUCCGACUAUUUCGCCUCAUUACAGCCGUGCGUAAAGCUGCGUAAAAUGCUAACGAGAGCUUACGCGACAGUGGCGACCCUCGUGUCGUUGAGUUACUGUGUCAUGGCAACGCAGGUCUUCUUCUCCAACUUCUCAGCGGACAACGAGGUGCGCUCCAGCUUCAUCCAGCGGCGGCUACGCAGCCAAGAGCGACGGGAGAUGCAGCGGGAGAUCCUCUCCAUCCUGGGGCUGCCGCACCGUCCACGGCCGCUGGUCCACACCAAACAUGACGCUGCUCCGAUGUUCAUGCUGGACCUGUACAACACCAUCUCUACUGACACGCAGCCGCAAAGUUACUCCUACAAGUCCGUCUUCCAGCACCAGGCCCCCAUGGUGACUCCACAGGACAACCGUUUCCUAAGUGAUGCAGACAUGGUGAUGAGCUUUGUCAACCUCGUUGACCAGGAUCCGGAAUUUCUCUACCAGAACCACCGGAGAGAAUUCCGCUUUGACCUCUCCCGUAUUCCAGAGGGAGAGGCCGUCACAGCAGCAGAGUUCAGGAUUUACAAAGAUUUCAUCCAGGAACGGUCGGAGAAUGAAACAUUCAAAGUCAGCCUUUACCAGGUCCUCCAGACACAUUCAAACAGUGAGGUAGAACUGUUGUUGCUGGACCAGCGUCAUAUUUGGGCCUCAGAGGACGGCUGGCUGGUCUUCGACCUGACCCACACCAGUAAAUUUUGGUUGGUCAAACCUGAGAAGAACCUCGGCCUACACCUGGUAGUGGAAGACGGCCACGGCCAGAGAAGGAAUCCCCACCUGGCGGGGCUGGUUACAGGCAGCAGACCCCAGAAUAAGCAGCCGUUUAUGGUGGUUUUCUUCAAAGCCAGUGAGGUUCGAUUUCGCAGUAUACGUUCCGCUCAAGGCCAGAAGGGGCGCCAAUCCAACCGCUCCAAACCACAGAGAACUGUUCAGGAUGCGCUGAAGGCAGUAGAGGCCGCAACAGAUAACCUUGGAUUUUCUAAAGAAGGAUGUAAAAAACACGAGUUGUUUGUCAGUUUCAGAGACCUGGGCUGGCAGGACUGGAUCAUAGCACCAGAUGGCUACGCAGCAUACUACUGUGAAGGCGAAUGUGCUUUUCCUCUCAAUUCCUACAUGAACGCCACAAAUCACGCCAUCGUGCAAACUCUGGUACACUUUAUCAACCCGGAGUCUGUGCCCAAGCCCUGCUGUGCCCCGACGCAGCUUCACGGCAUCUCGGUGCUUUACUUCGACGACAGCUCCAACGUCAUUCUGAAAAAGUACCGCAACAUGGUGGUCAGAGCCUGUGGCUGUCACUGAUGACACGUCCUCGUCCUGUUAGGUUUUUAUCAAACAAUGAAAGGAGAAGGAAAGAAAACAACAGACUUUGUCUUCCGCCACAGGAUGACUUCCACUCUGAGAGACUGUGUUUAUGAGUACCAGCUGGGCCGCCCAUGCAGUAUUAACCAGUGCCACGGCCUAAUCAGAACACACAGGCUAUGGGCCAAGCAAAGGAUUGGAUUAAAGUGUGACAAGUGGACUAAAAAGUGCACUUAAAGGACAAGGAAACAUCAGAGUCACUAAAGAAGCUUCGAGUAUAUAGUAAAAAAUAUAAACUCUUAAAACAUAUGAGUAUAUUUCAGAAUGUUACAUCCUUCCUGUUGGAUCAUCAGGCCGUGUUUAUUUAUUUUUUUUUUUGAAUAAUCACAUGACUUUAUUUGUAACACAGAAAGAAAAUAGUUCAAGAAAAGCUCUUUAGUCUCCUGUUCAUCAUCAUCAGAACAUCAGUCAAUUAUGUUAAUGAUGCUAAUGUUGCUAACUGACAUUCUUCUCAAACCAAGGUGCUAAACACAAAAGGAGAAGCAACGACACCUUUGACUUUAAAGAGCUACGAGCUUUGUGGUGUGGACAAGUUUGUUCAAGUCGUAGUAGUAGUUCACAACUCCUGUGUUUGCAGCACUUUUUUUUUUUUAAUCACAUCGUUCACAUCUUUAACGAAGCACGAAGAAAGUUUUUCAGUUCAGUUCAUCGAGCCCUAAAUAUUUCUGGCACACACUAUAGUUUCCUGUGAUGAAACUUUCACAGCCCAAUCCAGCUGCAGGUGUGAGGCAUCUGGAUCAUUGCUCCAUAGGCUGCUGAUGCAGAGGAGCUACAGUAAAUGAAGAAUGACAUUAUAAGACACUUAAUAACACAGUGUGGGAUCGAAGAGCAGGCUUGUGAAAGACACACAGUCUUCAAAAUGUCAGUGAUUCAUCUUUAAUGUGGCCGCGUGACAUCACCUCUGACUGCAGCCGCCUUCUCAUGUCAGAGCAGAUCUGCAGGUGAUCAAACUGAGGUCGUAAAUGAGACAAUGUAAAAUUGAAGAAUUUGAAUAAAUGGAAGCUGUCUAACCAGAAUCAGAUGUAUGUUUUUCUUUUAAGCAACUCAAUCUCAUUGUUCCCCAGCAUCUCCAGAGUUUUGGUGGUUCCGUAGUGGAGCUGCUAUUACACCAGCUUACACAUCUGCCUUACAUGCAGAAGGUCCUGGGUUCAAACCCCAAAGGAACCACAUACUUGGUGCCUCCAAUUGGGCAGCCUGUGUGGGUUGCAAAGACUCACAAUGUGAGAGAUAAAUAAGGGUGUUAUGUGAGGAAGGCAGGAAGCAGGUUAGACCCAAACGCAGCACUAGGGAGACUCUCUUCAGGUGCAGCAGGUGAGCAACAACAACAACAACAACGCACAGGAAUGUAGCACAGAUUGCAGGCAGGUUCUUUAAACGGCUGUGGAUGAGCAACAACAAUGUCUCUUUCGGCUCUUCCCCAAACAUCAUGGACGUGGAAUUCUCUUCUCAACUUGAAUUACUAGGAACACAGACCCUGACCUGAACAGACCACUCACCACUGCUAACAACAGAACAAUGAUCUCACACACACAGAUGGAGGGAGGGAGGUGUAUAUAUAUAUAUACCAGGUGAAACCAGAGAGA